UGGGAGAAGAAGCGCAGAGGAAACUUCUGCAUCUUUGCUUCUCACUCACUCCUUUAUUUUGGACGUUGUUCUGAUUUCUGCUUUACCUAGUAAGGCAUGUAUCUCUGAUAAACCUAAACCUAAAUCAGCAGUCGAAAAGUUCUUCAGAUUUUCUUAUCUUGGGUGGGAAGAAGAAUGAGGAUGAUGGUACUAUCGAUCCUCCUCCUGUUGUUUGUGGGUGUUCACAUACAGGGCCAGACUUUGGACAUCCAUGAAACCUGCAACUACACAAUCAAUUGCCCAAUCCAUUUGUACUUUGUCAUCGACACAUCUGAGACCAUAGCUCUACAGGAGAACCCACCUGGCAGCUUGGUCAAUAGCGUCAAAAACUUUGUCAUUGAAUUUGCUGAGAAACUAAAAAGCGUUAACCAAGGUUUAGUUCACAUGAGCUGGUCUAUAGGAGGCCUUCACUUCUCCCAGAAGCAGGUGUUCUUCAGCCAAAUCACCAGUGCAGAUGUGUUCAUUGAGAAUCUAAGGAAAAUCGUGUACUUGGGAAAGGGCACUCACAUUGACUGCGCCAUCACCAACAUGACCCAACAACUGCUCAACACACCGUCCGAACCCAAAGCCAAGCGCUUUGCGGUGGUCAUCACCGAUGGUCAUGUGACAGCUAACCCAUGUGGUGGGAUCAAAGUUGCGGCAGAACGAGCACGUGAUGAAUUCAUUAAGAUCUUCGCUGUCGCAUCGUCCCAGAACCUAGAGGAGGCAGGACUGAGGGAGAUUGCUAAUUCACCUGCUGGAGUUUAUCGUAACAAAUACAUGGCUGUUGAUCUAUCGGGAGGGAGGCCAGUCAUAGUGAAAUCAACAAUCGAUCGCAUUUAUGAUGCAAUGCUUCAUCUGGCUUAUCAAGAGUGCUACUCUGUGAAAUGUUUGGAGACUAAAGGACCUGUAGGUCCACCAGGACACAGGGGACAGAAAGGAGCUAAAGGAGAUAAUGGCGAUGCCGGUCUUAAAGGUCAACGGGGACGUCCUGGAGAUCCAGGUAUUGAGGGACCCAUUGGACAUCCUGGAACAAAAGGAGAACUCGGUCUCAAAGGUGAAAAGGGAGAUAUUGGAGCACAAGGGAGAAAGGGUGUUGCUGGGACACCUGGCAGAAAUGGAACAGAUGGGCAGAAGGGAAAAAUUGGCAGGGUUGGCGCUCCUGGCUGCAAAGGUGACCCUGGUGACAAGGGUCCUGAUGGCUAUCCUGGAGCUGCUGGAGAACCUGGUUAUCCAGGGAGUCCGGGAGAAAAGGGUGAUCCAGGUCGUCCAGGAAGACCAGGACAACCCGGGACAGUUGGAGAUCCUGGAUCCAAAGGAGAGAGAGGAAGUCCCGGAUCACCUGGAGAGCCUGGCCUGAAAGGAUCUGCUGGGAUAGCUGGAGGACCUGGACCUAAAGGCGACCCUGGAAGACGAGGAGACUUUGGACUUAAAGGCAGCACUGGGCCAAAUGGGGGAAAAGGAGAAAAGGGUGAACCAGGUUCUGAGGGAACAAGGGGUCUUGCAGGCGAGCCUGGCAACCAAGGUUCCAAGGGUGAAAACGGACUUCCAGGACCAAGAGGCUCACCAGGAGCUCCUGGAGAAUCAGGCAGAAUUGGUUCUCAAGGUGACCCAGGUGAUGCUGGCCCUAGAGGUGAACCUGGCCCUCCAGGACCACAGGGUGAUCCUGGCAGACCUGGAUUCAGCUAUCCUGGACCAAGGGGAGCUACGGGUGACAAGGGUGAUAAAGGUUCACCUGGACCCAGGGGAAGUAGAGGAGACUGCGGACCAAAGGGCGAACCGGGUUCAAAGGGAACUUCUGGAGAGCCGGGAGAGCCCGGGCCCCCAGGAGAACCUGGAAGAAGGGGCAUUAAAGGAGGUCCAGGAAGAGAUGGUGGCCCUGGACCAAGCGGAGACCCUGGCCUUAGUGAAUGUGAUGUCAUGAGCUACAUCAGAGAGACGUGUGGAUGCUGUGAUUGUGAAAAGAGAUGCGGUGCCCUGGAUAUUGUGUUUGUGAUUGACAGCUCUGAAAGUGUGGGCAUGACCAACUUCACCCUGGAGAAGAACUUUGUGAUCAACACCAUCAACAGGCUGGGCUCAAUGGCAAAAGAUCCCAGUUCUGAAACAGGAACUCGAGUUGGUGUUGUCCAGUACAGUCACAAUGGAACAUUCCAGGCUAUUCGCCUCAACGACUCCAGGAUCGACUCCAUGUCCGCCUUCAAACAAGCCGUGAAGAACCUCGAGUGGAUCGCUGGAGGAACCUGGACGCCUUCAGCCCUGAAGUUUGCCUACGAUAACUUGAUUCGCGAUAGCCGUCGUUCUAAGGCUAAUGUGACAGUGGUUGUGAUCACAGACGGCCGGUAUGACCCCCGUGAUGAUGACUCACUGCUCGGUUACCUCUGCACAACCAAUAACAUUGAUGUGAGUGCCAUCGGUAUUGGUGACAUGUUUGACCAGCCGGAGGAGAAUGAAAGCCUGAAGUCCAUCACUUGCAACAAAAAAGGAAGAGUCAUGGGAAUGAGGCGUUUCGCUGAUCUGGUUGCAGAGGAUUUCAUUGAUAAGAUUGAGACUGUACUCUGCCCAGAUCCAGUGGUUGUUUGCCCACAUCUUCCAUGUCAAAUGGAGCCAGCUGUAGCCAGCUGCAUCCAGCGCCCUGUUGAUAUCAUCUUCAUGCUGGAUGGCUCGGAGCGCUUGGGUCAGGAGAAUUUCCACCAUGCACAUGAUUUCGUGUUGAAAGUUGCUAAGCGCUUGACCCUCGCCCAGGGAGAAAAUGAUGACCAUAAUGCCAGGGUGGCUCUUCUGCAGUAUAGUGUUGAAAACCAACAUCUGUUGGGCUUCAGACUUACCAACAAUAUCAGCAUCAUCACUUCUGGCCUUGCCAACAUGAGGUACCUGGAUUCUUCUUCCAAUGUGGGAAGUGGUAUUAUCUACGCCGUCAACAACAUUGUCACAAGUAGAGGCUCUCGAUUGGCUAGACGAAAUGCUGAGCUGUUGUUCAUCUUCAUAACCGAUGGGUUCACCGACGACACGAACCUGGAGGAAGGCAUUAGCUCAAUGCGCAGAGUAGAGGGCGUUCCCACUGUGAUUACCAUAGGCAAAGAUGAUAACAAGAAGAUCCUAGAAAAGCUUUCUAUGGGAGACCAGACGGCCGUUUUCAGGGAUAAGGAUUUUGCCAGUGUGAACACAGCCAGCUUUUUUAACCGUUUCAUUCAGUGGAUCUGCUGAGGUGUGGGGUGGGUUUUUAGUAAAAGGUGGGAUUGCUGUGUCAGAGGGUUUAAGCUUUUAUAUCUUGGUAAAAGAUUUAUGACAGCUGCAACUCUUACAAUGGCUUCAACUCAAUGAUUUCACCAGUGGAGAUGGGCUUUGCAUCCAGGAAGACACAGCAGUAAACCAAGAGGUUAAGUUACUAGUAAUACCGCAAAGAAUAUGUACUGAACAUGUAUUUUGACUAAGCUGCAAUCGUAGUUUUUGUAUUUUUAUGCUAAGAGGCCUCUAGCUGAAUUACUGUUUUAUAUAUUCUUCAACACAAGGUGCUAAACCAGAGUACGACUAGAGUUUUCCAGCAUAACAUUAUCAAAUGCACAUUGGUAAUAUUUAAAAAUAAAAAAUACACUUGCCACAUUCAUUCUGUAUCACCUCAGAUAAAAUUAUGUCUAAAAUCAUUGUUACAUUUAAUUGUUAUGACAGGGCCUGAAGGAGCUAAAAUAAAUCAAUGGCACCUUCCACAGCAUGUUCACUAUUGAUUCAACACAUGCAUAGAAGUCCAGUGUUUCAGAUUAAACAUUGAUUUACAGUGAAAUACAGUAAGUUUAUUCAACUAUGUUUUAAUGUAAAAGAUAAUUAUGAAUUUAGUACAACAAAUAAAGCUGUGGUAACACAAUUGAGGCGUCUUUGGUUUUUAAAACAAUGUCACCAAGUGUGUUUAGAUUUUGAAUGAGAAUUCUACUCUAUUCUACUCUAAUUCUGUUCCAUUCUGCUUGAGUAUAUUAUUUUUUGUUCUGUUCUGUUAUAUUCUAUUCUGUUCUAUAUUACAUAUUAUAGAAGCAGAUUUUUUUAACUGAAAUAAAUACUGAGAAAUUGGAGGCAGAGGAGCUUUCAUCACUAAAUGCACAUGGAUUUUUAUUUUUUAUUUGAUUGGUCCAUGAGUCAAAACAGAAAUAAUUCAGUUUCUCUGGUCACUGGUUUAAGUCUCUGAACAUUAAAGAAAAUAUACAGAUCAGAAAUGUGUGGCACUUUUGUUGUGAGUGUCAAGUUAUAAGUACAUAUACUGAACAGUCGAAUAGUGUUGAUGAAACUGUUUCAGUUAUAUGUUUUGCUCUUGUUGUUAAUCAUUUUAUUACAAUAAAUAAUCUCACAACCA